AUUUCUCUGUUACGGCUGAAUCUAGAUAUGACGCUUCUCUGGUCACCAACACAGUUCCCAUGUACCCGGCCUUCAAGAAGGUGUGGAGUUUCCUGCAGAGAGACGUGAUCAGGAAGUCAGCUCUGGACAGCAGCGGUGUGAACGUGAUUAUGGGGCCGAUAUUUGACCACGACCACGACGGAGUGAGAGACACUCAGGAGAUCAUCAAUGAAGCUGGCAGGACGGCUCCCGCUGGCUGCAGGAUCUGCUGGAGCUUCACACGGCGCGGGUUCGAGACGUGGAGCUGCUGACGGGGCUGGACUUCCUGCGCUCCUCCGCUCUGCCAUACACGCGUGUGCUGGCGCUCAAAACACACAUGGAGACCUACGAGCAGCACGUGUGACGCACACACACACAUACACACGCUCUGGAGUUUACACACUCUGUCAUAUUUAUUAUUCUCCCUCAAACCGUGUGAACAUCACAUGACUGCGCUGCAGACCUCCAUACUCCCCCCUCAGCCUGACGACUGCACACCGCACCGCUGCAGCAGGUUACACCGUCCUUAUUUGGGACCAUUUCUCUUUAAUAAUUCCUGCUGUGGACUCCUUUAAUGUGGAAUAAUUAGAAGAUAAACCACAUGUCCUAAUGAUAUGCAGCACAGAGAUGCUCCGCUCAUCUAGAGUUUAUUCUGCGUGUUGACAGUGGCAGCACUUCACAGUCAGGUUCCAUUAGUUCACCAUGACGAAGACUUCACAGGCAUUUUAAUCAAACACCAUAAAGAUAAUAUUAUCAGACAAUACUGCUGUCUCUGCUUCUCCAGUACACAUAUCUAGACAUUCUGUAAACUAACAAUAACAGUUGUAUUGUCAUUAACCUAAAUUACCAAAGAUUAAUAAAUCCUCACCGCUAACAGGACCUUAUUAUAAAGUGUCACCCACAGCUUUCACCUGUACUGUGUUGCCGUUUUGCCGUUGAUCACUAAAUUUAUUUAGCUAUUAUUAGUGAUAUAGAAACACAGUGUUGAUGUUGUCAUAGAAACACAUUGUUAAUAUUGUUAUCAUAAAAACUAAUAUUGUUAUAGAAACUCAGACACAUUGUUAACAGUGUUGUCAGAAUGUGUAGCAGUGUUUUCAUUGAAACACUAUCAACUGUGCUUAAUAGCGCUGCCAUAGAAACAUUGUCAACAUUGUUGUCAAAACACAGUGUUAAUAGCGUUGUCAUAGAAACACAAUGUUUAUAGCGUUGUCAUAGAAACAGUGUUAAUAGCGUUGUCAUAGAAACAUUGUCAACAUUGUUGUCAUAGAGACAGCAUUAAUAGCGUUGUCAUCGAAACAUUGUUAACAUUGUCAUAGAAACGGAGUGUUAAUAAUGUUGUCAUCAAAACACUGUUAAUAGCAUUGUCAUAUAAACAUUGUUGUCAUAGAAACACAGUGUUAAUAGUGUUGUCAUCAAAACACUGUUAAUAGCAUUGUCAUAUAAACAUUGUUGUCAUAGAAACACAGUGUUAAUAGUGUUGUCAUCAAAACACUGUUAAUAGCAUUGUCAUAUAAACAUUGUUGUCAUAGAAACACAGUGUUAAUAGUGUUGUCAUCAAAACACUGUUAAUAGCAUUGUCAUAUAAACAUUGUUGUCAUAGAAACAGUGUUUAUAGUGUUGUCACCAAAACAUUGUUAACAUUGUUGUUAUGGAAACAGUGUUAAUAGUGUUGUCAUUGAAUUGUUGUUAACAGUGUUGUCAUAGAGACACGGCUAAUAGUGUUGGCAUUGAAAUCUUGUUAACUUUGUUGUUAUAGAAACUGUGUUAAUAGUGUUGUCAUAAAAACGUUAACAUUGUUGUUAUAGAGACAGCAUUAAUAGCAUUGUCAUCGAAGCACUGUUAACAUUGUUGUCAUAGAAACAGGGUUAAUAGUGUUGUCAUAGAAGCAUUGUUAACAUUGUUGUCAUGGAGACAGCAUUAAUAGCGUUGUCAAAGAAACAUUGUUAACAGUGCUGUCAUAGAAACAGUGUAGUCAUAGAAACAUUGUUAACAGUGUUGUCAUAGAAACAGCAGUAAUUGGAUUGUCACUGAAACAUUGUUGACAGUGUUAUAGAAAUACAGUUAAUAACGUUGUCAUAGAAACAUCUGUAACAGAAACACAGGUUAAUAGUGUUGUCAAACACAGAAACACCAUGGUAACAGUGCUGUCAUAGAAACAAAAACAAUGUUAACAGUGCUGUCAUGGGAAGUGUUAGUAGUGUUGUCAUAGAAACAAUGUUAACGGUGUUUCCUAAAUACACAGGGUUAAUACUAUCAGAAACAGUGUUAGUAGUGUUGUCAUAGAGACAGUGUAAGUAGUGUUGUCAUAGAGACAGUGCAAGUAGUGUUGUCAUAGAGACAGUGUAGGUAGUGUUGUCAUAGAGACAGUGUUGCAGUUGUAGUUUGCUGCGUGUCAGUUUAGAGUCUGCGUCCUUUGAAGAUCACGAAUGUCAGAUGGAGUUCAGUGAAAUGACCCGCUGUAGCCUACAGAGAGUUGAUCCUGUUGUUGCCUUUGUUGAUCUUAGCAGUAAUCUUUGUUUUUAAAUGAUUUUUUUGUAAAUAACUGUUAUUAAUUUGUCUGAACGCAAAGCAGAGCUCAUAAACUGUCUAAAUAUUGUCCCCUUGGUCCAUUUAUGUACACAUUAGCGUAUAUAGAGAGUCAGAGAGAGUGAGACGUGUUCAUAUUGAAAGUGUGUUUCAGCAAGACUGUUAGCUAUGCAAGUCUACUGAAAUACAGUACUUACAUUUAAAAGAGCAAUUCUUACUUCUCUUUUAGAGAUGUCCUGUCGUCAGCAGUGCAUUUUAGCAUAUUUAAGUCUGGAAGUGUCUGUCGGCUUUUCCUUCAUUGCCUGGGAAUAAGGCUGUAGGUAAUUUAGCCUCCGCAUCGGGACAGUCUUCACCACUACACUAUGAUGCCGUCACCCUUUAAAGCCUAUCAAUGACACCCAGUGAGCGUUUCCGUAGAAACAGUGUUGAUAGUGUUGCCAUAGAAAUACAGCAUUAAUUCCAUUGCCAUAGAAACUUCAUCUUGUUUUCCUCGUUUUAAUGCCAUCUUUCUAUCUGCUUGUGUUUCUAUGGCAACACUAUUGAGACUGUGUUUCUGAAUCUGAGGAUGUGAAUGGUCCAGUUUGUCAUUUAGAUUGUGUGUGUGUGUGCGUGAGUGCGUGCGUGCGUGUGUGUGUGUGUGUGUGUUUGUCCUGCUGGCUUCUCUCUGUCUGCUCUGUGUAAUAAAUGUGGAAUGGCGUGUGAAAGGUGAGCUCUGCGUGUUCAGUGAUGGUGAAUCUGCGUACGGUCAGCAGCAGAUGGUCAUGUGACUGAUGAUUCCUGUGCAGUGAUGCUCUGUUUUACUAACGAGUGUCAAUAAUGAUUCAAUUCCAUCAAUAAACUCCUGAACUGUCAGGAAACCCUGA